UUCUGACGUUACGUUCAUUUAAACAACAUUUUUGCUGCAACAAGUGCAUUCGAGCUCUGUGAUUUCGCUGUACAGAGUCUACAGACAGAGUUUCUGCAUUAUUUUAUCGUCAGCAACCAUGGCAGCUUUGAGCCCUGUUGUUAAUCUGGACACCAUUGAUUUGUAUGCAGCAGCGGCAUCCGUCCAUGGCGAUGGCAGUCUGAUGGUGUCGCCAUUGAGUAUCCUGUACUGCUCCAUGCUACUGUAUCUCGGGGCAGGUGGCUCAACCAAAACCAACCUGGAAUCCAGUUUCCAUCUCGACUCGGCUUUCUACAGCGACCAAUCCGCUGCCUUAUCGGCUUUCGCCAACGGACUAUCCUAUUUCCAGAACGCCACCGGGAAUACGCCCGAUGACUUUCUCAUCAUGUCGCUAGUUAACGAGAUUUUCGUAUCCAACGUGGUGUCGCUCAAACCAGACUACCAGAAGUCGGUCAGCCAACUGCAGUCCAUUGCGCAGACAAAAGACUUCGUCAACAAUCCCGAACAAGCGCGGCAAGACAUCAACGCUGACGUGGCCAAGAACACGGCCUACACCAUACAGAAUUUACUCCCGCAGGGGACGAUCACCCCACAAACGGUGCUCGUUCUAGUCAACACGCUCUACUUUAAAUCAACAUGGACCAACAAGUUCACCGAGUCCAGCACCGCGAAAGCUCCGUUUACGAUGUUGAAUGGCAAUGCAGUGCAGGUGGACAUGAUGCACCAAACGUCAUCGUUGCGUUAUGUCGAAGACGACCAGCUGGAUAUCCAGUGCGUGGAACUGCCGUUCUACUCGCAAAAUGCCUCCAUGCUGAUUCUGCUGCCGCGGAAAGCAGCCGGUCUGCGCAAUCUCGAGAAAGCUUUGACGCAGCAAUCCUUGCAAGCGUUGUCGCAAAAAGCCAGUUUGACGAGAGUUGAUUUGUCGUUGCCGAAAUUCACGUUUUCCUCCAAUUAUAACCUAAUCCCAAUGCUGCAGAAGAUUGGAGUCAGUGAUGCGCUUGACAAACUGAAAGCUAAUUUUACCGCUAUGGUCACCGGCAAUCAGCAGUUAUAUGUCAGCGAUGGUGUUCAUCAAACCUUUAUCAGCGUGGACGAAAAGGGCACCGAGGCUUCCGCGGCAACGGCCAUUGUUAUUACAGCGUUGAGCAUUCAAGCAGGAACACCGGUGGUGUUCAAAGCUGAUCAUCCUUUCUUGUUCUUGAUUCGUAAUAAUCCCUCGAAGGCUAUUAUGUUUAUAGGAAGAGUAGAGUCAUUUUAAACCAUACCGAAAAUGUGUGUGCAUGAAAAUAAUUAUGCAGCAAUUUGUUAUGUAUUUCGUACCAGUUCUACCGUACGAGCGUACCAGUUCUACUAUGCGUUUUUCUGUACGGGUCUGUAUCAAUACGUGCCACGCCAUGCAGUAACGCACAGUACUGAGUGUACCGCAAAAACGAUGUGAAAAGCAGAUGGAUUCGCCGACAUUUCAAAGCACAUAAUGAA